AUGGUGGAGGUGCCUGGCAUCAUGGUGGAGGUGCCUGGCAUCAUGGUGGAGGUGCCUGGCAUCAUGGUGGAGGUGCCUGGCAUCAUGGUGGAGGUGCCUGGCAUCAUGGUGGAGGUGCCUGGCAUCAUGGUGGAGGUGCCUGGCAUCAUGGUGGAGGUGCCUGGCAUCAUGGUGGAGGUGCCUGGCAUCAUGGUGGAGGUGCCUGGCAUCAUGGUGGAGGUGCCUGGCAUCAUGGUGGAGGUGCCUGGCAUCAUGGUGGAGGUGCCUGGCAUCAUGGUGGAGGUGCCUGGCAUCAUGGUGGAGGUGCCUGGCAUCAUGGUGGAGGUGCCUGGCAUCAUGGUGGAGGUGCCUGGCAUCAUGGUGGAGGUGCCUGGCAUCAUGGUGGAGGUGCCUGGCAUCAUGGUGGAGGUGCCUGGCAUCAUGGUGGAGGUGCCUGGCAUCAUGGUGGAGGUGCCUGGCAUCAUGGUGGAGGUGCCUGGCAUCAUGGUGGAGGUGCCUGGCAUCAUGGUGGAGGUGCCUGGCAUCAUGGUGGUGGUGCCUGGCAUCAUGGUGGAGGUGCCUGGCAUCAUGGUGGAGGUGCCUGGCAUCAUGGUGGAGGUGCCUGGCAUCAUGGUGGAGGUGCCUGGCAUCAUGGUGGAGGUGCCUGGCAUCAUGGUGGAGGUGCCUGGCAUCAUGGUGGAGGUGCCUGGCAUCAUGGUGGAGGUGCCUGGCAUCAUGGUGGAGGUGCCUGGCAUCAUGGUGGAGGUGCCUGGCAUCAUGGUGGAGGUGCCUGGCAUCAUGGUGGAGGUGCCUGGCAUCAUGGUGGAGGUGCCUGGCAUCAUGGUGGAGGUGCCUGGCAUCAUGGUGGAGGUGCCUGGCAUCAUGGUGGAGGUGCCUGGCAUCAUGGUGGAGGUGCCUGGCAUCAUGGUGGAGGUGCCUGGCAUCAUGGUGGAGGUGCCUGGCAUCAUGGUGGAGGUGCCUGGCAUCAUGGUGGAGGUGCCUGGCAUCAUGGUGGAGGUGCCUGGCAUCAUGGUGGAGGUGCCUGGCAUCAUGGUGGAGGUGCCUGGCAUCAUGGUGGAGGUGCCUGGCAUCAUGGUGGAGGUGCCUGGCAUCAUGGUGGAGGUGCCUGGCAUCAUGGUGGAGGUGCCUGGCAUCAUGGUGGAGGUGCCUGGCAUCAUGGUGGAGGUGCCUGGCAUCAUGGUGGAGGUGCCUGGCAUCAUGGUGGAGGUGCCUGGCAUCAUGGUGGAGGUGCCUGGCAUCAUGGUGGAGGUGCCUGGCAUCAUGGUGGAGGUGCCUGGCAUCAUGGUGGAGGUGCCUGGCAUCAUGGUGGAGGUGCCUGGCAUCAUGGUGGAGGUGCCUGGCAUCAUGGUGGAGGUGCCUGGCAUCAUGGUGGAGGUGCCUGGCAUCAUGGUGGAGGAGAGAUAA